CUGUGAUCAUCGUUUCUCCUGGAUCUGAAACGGUGAGGUGUCAUCAGUAGAGGCAGAAAGUGGCCGUCAGGGAGAAAAGGCAGCUAACCAUGGCUGUGCGCAUCAUACGUGGAAUAGAAGACCUGGUGGCAUCGAGCAGCCAGCUCGUCUGGAGCAUGGCACAUCAGACUCUGAGGAGGUGGUACAAUCGUGGGCUGAUGCCGUGCAGACGCUUGCUAGAAGCCUGGUUCAGGAUUGGAGAAUGCUACCAGAUGACAGAGGGCCGUCAGUGCCAGGUUCACCUCCUCGAUGGCAGGAAGCUGGAGCUGCUGGUUCAGCCCAAGCUGUUGUCCCGUGAGCUGUUGGAUCUGGUGGCCUCCCAUUUUAACCUAAAGGAGAAAGAAUACUUUGGGUUGUGUUUCAUAGAUGACACUGGCCAGAGUAACUGGCUCCAGCUGGAUCGUAAAGUCCUUGAUCAUGACUUCUCCAAGUCUUCAGGGCCUUUGGAACUCAAGUUCCUGGUGAGGUUUUAUAUCGAGAAGAUCACCUUCUUGAAAGACAACACAACAGUGGAGCUGUUCUUCAUGAAUGCUAAAUCUUUAGUGUUUAAUGAGACCAUCGAAGUGGAGAGUGAAAAUGUUUUCAAGUUAGCCGCAUUCGCAUUGCAGGAGGCCAAAGGAGAUUACAGCAGUGCUGAGACUGCCAGAUCAGACCUGAAGCAACUCCCACUUCUGCCCACCAGAGUAUUACGGGAGCACCCAUCUCUCAAUUACUGUGAGGACAAAGUGAUUGAACACUACAAGAAACUGAAAGGACUGACCAGAGGACAGGCCAUUGUGCAGUAUCUGGCCCUGGUGGAGUCACUGCCGACAUACGGAGUCCAUUAUUACCAAGUGAAGGACAAGCAAGGAAUACCGUGGUGGCUUGGAGUCAGCUACAAAGGCAUCGGCCAGUACGAUUUGCAAGAUAAGCUGAAGCCGAGAAAGUUGUAUCAGUGGAAGCAGUUGGAGAAUUUGUAUUUUCGCGAGAAGAAAUUUGCUGUGGAAGUGAACGACCCACAAAGAAGAACAGUGACCAAGCGAACUUUCGGACAGACUGGUCUGGUUAUCCACACAUGGUAUGCCAGCCACUCUCUGAUUAAAACCAUCUGGGUGAUGGCCAUCAGUCAACACCAGUUCUACCUGGACAGGAAACAAAGCAAAACAAAGAUGACCACAACCAGGAGUUCAGGUGACAUCGCCAUGGACCUCACAGAGAUCUGCGCCCCGCGGAUCACCAAACUCUCCAGCAUUGAGAGCAGAGACCAGCUUAUCAUGGCCAGCAACGGGAGCCUCAUCUCAGCUGGUUCUGCUGACUCCGAAGUCAGCGAGGAACAGAAGAAAGAGAAGGUUGCCGAGUUGAAAAAGAAAGAAAAGGACCUUCAAGACACACUGACACGGAAACUUGAGGAACUGAAGAAAAUCUGCAUGAGAGAAGCCGAGCUUACCGGCAAAUUGCCUAAAGAGUAUCCCUUAGCCACAGGUGAGAAGGCUCCUCAUGUGCGCCGCCGCGUUGGGACGGCCUUCAAGCUGGAUGACCUGUUCCCCUAUGAUGAGGACCCACAUCUGAGGAAUCUAGAGAGCAGGUUCGCCUUGCAGCAAAAGAUCGUGGAAGCAGCCAUAAAGUUAUCCAACGAGGGCGACCUCUGCAAGACUGUGAAGAAAAAGAGGAGAAACAACUGUCUGGAUGCAAUGAGGAAGCUGGAGGAGAUCGAGAGGGAGAUCAAUGCUUACAGGAUCAAGAAAGGAAAGAAACCCACUCAGAGAGCCUCACUGAUCUUAGCAGAUGAUGUCAACCCUUCAGACCUCAGCUCUCUGUCUGACAGCCUCACUCUGGAUGAUGAUGAUGAGCUCACUUCUCAGAGGCAGCGCUCCAGAUCGGUCCAGUAUUCCCCAAGACCACACCACGCAGAAACAUUGGACAUCCACUACAACAACGACAGACGGGCCUCUGCCAAUGACCAGCAUGCAGACAGCAGAUUAAAUUACGGCCAAGUCCAGGAAUCACUCCACUACGGUCACCGCGAUGCCUUAUCAAGCCACAGCAGCCCGUUUAAACCGGCUUCCAGACAGCCACGUGAUGCCCGCAGCAUGCCCCCCACCCCCCUCCUCACCCGCAACGCCUACAGCAGCACCCAGCUCAGAUCAGAGGAUGCUCCACAACAUCUGCGCCAGCGUAGUGGUAGUCUCGAGUCCCAGUCUCAGUUCAUGACAGAGACCGAACCUGUUAUGCCAGGCUUCACCUUGUCCCCAGCCCGACGCAGCAACAGCACAGAGGUCCUCGAUGACGGCUCCUCCUACACAAGCCAGUCCAGCAUCGAGUACAGCGUCCCCGGUAACCACACCCACAGGCGCAGGGCUCGCGGCCGCCACAGAAAAGACAUGUACGCCAACACGGGCAGCAUGCCUAACCUUGCUCAGCCGGACACCCGCUGCUACGCCUACCAGCCACGGGCCAGACCCACCACGACGGCCUACUACGUGACAGGUUAUCCCAGCUACGCAGAGCCAGAGCCUUACUCCAAUGGAGUCUACAUGUAUGACAACGAGAUGGAGGGACACUAUAACGUCAAUCCCUCGUACCAUCACACAGCUUAUCACAGCCACGACAUGCACAGUCACUACGGUACCGACGAGAUAGACGGCAUGUCGCAGAACCCGUACGCCACACUGCGGCCACCCAGGAAUCGUCAGGCGCCCCGCAGCAAUGAGCAGGUUGGCAAGAACAUCCAGAAAGCUUUGGUGGCUGAACACCUGAGAGGCUGGUACCAUCGCAACGCUGCACAGAAGCAGGCGUCAUACAACUACGACUACGACAGAGGCUCCCAGCACAGCCUGGGCUACCAGACCAUGCCUUCACCCUACAGUCACAACAACAGGAACAUCGCCUACUCCUCAGUGUCCUCGGCAUCCUCUAGUGGAAACUGGCACAGCCACAUUAGUGGUGGUGCUAUGUCGGAAUACGACAUGCCCAUGCAUGCACCGCAGUCCUACUCCUACAGUACAGCCCCCUUCAGCCACUCCGCCCACAGCAGAUAUGGCGCCUCCCAGCCUUUUAAGGGUUCCUGGCACAGCCCCGAUGGCCAGAGGCGCUGUGCCUUUUUUCCUGCUAGUUCUUCCUCCUCAGCUUCCUCCUCCACUUCCUCCCUGCCCUCCUCCUCCUUUCCCUCCUCCUCCUAUUCCCCCGGCGUUCGGGUCAGGCAGGUGGCCUCCAGCCCUGCACAGCCACAAUCCUCCAGAGGGCACAGGCUCAGUAAGGUGUCCUUUACUAAAGGUAGCUCAUAGUCCUACAUAGAUGUCAGCCAAAUGGACUCACACAUCAGUAACCAAAUGCACACUAACCUGGAGCCAGAGGACCAGAUUUACUGGCAUGAAGACUCAAAACCAGGAACAAUAGUGUAGUUGCCUAUUUGUCAUGGUGCUGUAUGAUUUUUUUCACCCUGACAAGUUGUCAUUGUGCCUUAGACUGCACUUACCUGUUUUUCUGCAUAAGAGGAUCCAAAGAAUGAAGGAACUUAACCUCUGUGGUAUUCGGCGUGUAAAGGAAAUGAAGUCCUCUCAUUUUCUGUUCUCUUGAACGCAUUUGCCAAACUGACCCACAACCUUGCGUUUAAAUCAUAACCCCAUGGGAGUGUCUUCAUGUCUGGAUUGCAAGUGUUUGUGGUGAUGGCACUUGUGCACUGAAACUAUACCAGGACCUGCUGUGGACUGUGCAGUAUAGCCAAAGGGAAUGUGGAUUAAACUUUUCCAGUGUUCCUCAGUAGAGAUUCGGGCUUCACAAACCAAGGACUAGGACUGUUUCUGUGAGAGGAUACUGAGCCGCAGUGAACAAUGCUCUGCCACACACAUACACACACAUAUGAACACUGUAACUAUGAAGGAUUGGACAAAGAGUGAUGAGGACAUUAUCAAAAUGAAGGAUUGAACUCGUUAAAAAUGAGUCAAAAAGAUGGCUACUUCCUGGAACAUUCUGCAGUCACCAGAUACAGUUUUAUCACAGCAUAGCUUCUAACUACCACACUGUGCUCCAGUUUGUCAUUGACCAAGUAUUGAAUCUAUCUUACUGUCAGUACUUAGGACACAAUUGAGCCAAGUGCUUCUGUCACCACUUGAGUAUUAUCAGAAGUCAACAACUUUGAUAUCACUGCCACAUCUGAUCAGUUACUGCAGGAAGACAGAAAAUCCACUUUUGUGUUUGGUUUUUUUUUUUUUUUACUUUAUUUUAACAUGGUUAUUUCAUCCAUGCUGGAAAUCAUGGACUGGUGCUCCCAAUUUCUCUCAAGAGAAUGAAGCUGUAUGUAAAUGUUGGUAUUGUAAAUACACUGGUUCCGUCUUUUUUUAGAGCAUUUUUAUGUAUUUGAAAAGCAUGUAAUAUAUAGUAAGCAAUUGUUGUUAAGCUGGUUCUUAGUAAUUUGUAUAAUUGCAUUUGUUUGAAUUAAAAAAAAUCAGCAUUUGAAUCAGUA